CUAUCUCUCAAAAACAUCAUUUCUUUUGGUUCUAACAUUUAUUAGUUUUUUCAAUUGACUUUUAAAAGUGCAGUUUCCAAAGGUUUCAUCACUUGAGUGUAUUGUUUUUACAUUUAAAAAAUACCAACUAUUGAAUGACAAAUUGUCGACUUAAUGGAAGUACGAGAACUGUCGCCCGAUGGCGAACAUCAAGUAUUCGGUGACGACUACUGUACCGGAUAUGUGGAUCAGUACAACAAGUGGAAUACAGGCUUCUCCUGUCCCACCAAAUCCAAUGAGGAGGCCGUGUAUUGUUGCGGAACUCCGACCUAUAAGUAUUGUUGUACUCGAAGAAGUCAAUCGGUUCAGACACACACUAGUCAUCCGACACGAACUCAACUCGAUCCCCGAAUCCUAUUGAAAAUUAUUGGUCUCACGUGUAUAGUAUCGGUGUUCCUAACAAUCCUCACGUGUUAUGUCUGCAAACGGUAUUGGAAGAGAAGUGACAGCCGAGACAAUCAGGUAUACCGAGUCUCGUGUAACUCGUCUGCUUCUCCACACGUGUUCCCAUUGGAGUCAUUCCAACCGUUAAAUCCAGCCUUUUUCAAGUCACCCGAACAGGUGGCCAGUGCCCUAUGCGGUGACUUAUCUGUAUUUUCCGGUUCACACCCGCAGCCAACACAAUUGAGAACAGUGUUGGCGGCCACCAGAGCUAACCCUUCAGCUGCGUUGUGCUCAUACCAACACAAUCCGCUCCUAAGACAUCAGCGGAGUCAUGAACCGCCACCUCCUUAUCAAUUGAGUGUAAUAUCUGGCAAUUCAAUUGCCACUACCAGUGCCGCUACUGCCAGUUCCAGCACAGCAUGUAUUAGUAGUGGCGGAAACAGUCAUACAAAUACUAAUAGUAUUAAUUGUCAUAAUAAUGAAACUCAGACUAACAGAGAGCUCAAUAGUAACUGUAAUGUCAUUGUUGAGGACUCUAAUACUGAGGUAAAGAUACCAUUAUCUUCACCUAAUUAUAGUAAAACACAACAACAACAGCCAUCACUACAAGAUUCACAGCCACAACAAAGUAGCUCUUCUGUUAUAAUUAAUACACAAUAUCAUCAACAAAGCAGUCACUCAUUGAGGCGAAAGUCUCAAUGAUAGCUAUGAAUACCACUCUUUCCUAUCUCUCUCUCUCUCUAUACUUGUAUAUCAUUAAACACAUCC